AUGCUCACCUUCGCCCGGCUGUCUUCAAGGGUCCUCACUUCAUUCCGCGUUUCGCAGUCAACCGUCCCCCGCGCUUCAGCUCGAUCCUUCACCAUGGCAUCCGAUCCCUCCACCUACAAGCUUAACCGUUUGUCGCCCCGUGUCGCAUACUUCUGCCGAAUAUGCCCUCCUCCCGUCCUCAAGACUGAUAACAAUGGCAUUUAG